AUGGGACGCGUCAUUCGUUCUCAACGUAAGAGCGGUGGUAUCUUCACUGCUCACACGCGCCUGAACAAGGCGCCGGCCAAGUUUCGCCCAUUCGACUUUGCCGAGCGCAACGGAUACAUCCGUGGUCUGGUGAAGGAGAUUAUCCACGACGCUGGCCGUGGUGCACCACUCGCGCGCAUUACGUUCCGUGACCCUUACCACUACAAGCACAAGACUGAGACGUUCAUUGCUGCCGAGGGUAUGCACACGGGUCAGUUUGUGUACUGCGGUAAGAAGGCCUUGCUGAGCGUCGGUAACGUCCUGCCUCUCAGCUCGCUGCCUGAGGGUACGAUUGUCUGCAACGUCGAGGAGAAGGUUGGUGACCGUGGUGCGCUUGCCCGCACAUCUGGUAACUACGCGACCGUCGUUGGUCACGAUGCCGAUGGUACCACGUCGCGUAUCCGCCUGCCGUCUGGUGUGAAGAAGACGGUGCCAAGCUCUGCUCGUGCCACUGUCGGUAUUGUUGCUGGUGGUGGUCGUAUUGACAAGCCAUUGCUCAAGGCCGGCCGUGCCUACCACAAGUACCGUGUCAAGCGUAACUGCUGGCCUCGUACUCGUGGUGUUGCCAUGAACCCCGUCGACCACCCACACGGUGGUGGUAACCACCAGCACAUUGGUCACUCGUCGACGGUCAAGCGUGGCGCCGUCCCAGGUCAGAAGGUCGGUCUCAUUGCUGCCCGUCGCACGGGUCUUCACCGUGGUACGGUCAAGGUGCGCGAUGCUUAA